GACCGGGCCCGGGACUGAGCCAGCUCGAUACCGCCGAGGUGGGCCCCACGCGCGAGCGAAACCAGUGCCGGAACGUACCCACUGCGGUGUGCGCGCGUUAUACUGCCGUCCGUGUUGUGUGUAUUCGUUCCGUUCUAUCCGGCUCGUUAUUGUCUCCUCUGCCCGUGUGUUUUGGCCAACAUAUAAUAUUGUAUAGUGUCCGCGCAAACGGAACCGUCGAAUUACCGUGUUUGUUUACGCGCGAAAAAUUAAAAACACAACCCGCGGCGUCGGCGACGGCCGUGUUGUCGACAUGCAGGACGUCAAGAAACGGUACAUAUGGUCGGACAGGGAAACCGAACACUUCAUCAGGCUGAUCAUCGACAUGGGCAUCACGAACAUGUUGGACAGCAAAAGAAAAAGGAAUUCAGAUCUGUACUCCAGACUUGUCGAACCGAUGGCAGCAGGCGGUUUUACCAGAGAUGCAGCGCAACUGAGAACCAAGUGGAAACAUCUCAAACAGGACUACAAAGUGGAACUGGUGAGGAUCGAGAAAAACGGAGCGGCAAGUUCGAGGAUGUCAUACUUCCACUUACUUCACGAAGUACUUGGCGGUAAACCUAGUAACGCUAUGACGUACUUGUGUGAAGUAAUAUCAAACUCUCCUCCACGCCACGAUACAGGUGAAGGGAUCAAGGGUGAAUUCAUGAACUCGGUCGACGGGAUAAAGACUGAAAUCGUGGACGACGAUAAAAUGGAGACUGACUUCUACAGAAUGGCCGAGCCUCAGGUUGACAUCAUUCAAACGUACGACGUCCAUACCCAAACCGAUAGCACUCCGGAACAGCUCAUGUACCAAAAAUGCCAGUCGUUAGAAAAGCAAAUUAAAGAUCUAAAAGAAGAGUUGCGCCGAGAUCGCAACAAGCAAGUUAAAUUACAGGACAAACAUAUGCGCGACCUGCUAGAAAACCAAAAAACCCUAAUGGACGAAUAUUUUACCAAAACCUUGUUAUUUUUUAAGGCCAUGAAUCACGAUUAAUAAUAUUGUAAGACUAAUACAUUUUUUUCUCGUUGAACAUAAUAUUUAUUAUACAAUUUAAGCCACUUUUAUUAUUGAUAAUAUUUUGAUUGUCUUGUAAAUAUACUUCAAAAUAUGUUGUAAA